AUGGAACAGAAGAAUCUAGAGAGAGGCGAAUUGAUGAUGCCCGAGAGUACUGUGGAGAACCAGAAGCCGGUGCGAAAAAAUGGAAAUAGAAUUAAGCGACCAGGUCCAGAGGAACGGAAACGAAACAAGACAACCAAGGCCAGGCAUGUAAAAUGUGACGAAACCAGACCGGCUUGCCUUCGAUGCCUGAGAAUAUCAGACGAAUAUUGCAAGGGAUAUGAGCACACCAUCAUUCCUCGAUGUGUUGCUGAAAGAAGGGUUUUGCUGCCGCUAUCUGUACUCAAAGCAGCUCCUGCAUUCGGUCGCCAUGGCAGUCAAGACGAAGUGGGUGCUUUUAGAGCCUACUGCGAAAAGGUGGCUCCCCGUCUGUCGUACUCCAACGAUGAGGUCUGGCAGCGGCUCUUACUGCAGGCUGGGCAAGAGAAUGAGUUCAUCAGGAAUGCUAUAUUUGCCAUUGGUGGCUUCAGCCGACGUACAGAUUCGAGCCGAACAUCUGGAGAAGGCUACACUGGGAUCGACGCGGUGAAGUCUGACAAGGCGGCCUUGGCCCAGUACGGGAAGUUCCUCGAAGGAACCAAGAAAUAUAUUGCCAGCACAGGAAGAAAAGAAGGCAGAAGACUUGCAAUGAUUGCCUGUCUACUUGUAGUAUGUAUCGAGAAUAUGCAAUACCGACCUCACAAUGCCCUCCGUCAUGCUCAGCAAGGCUUGAAAUUGGUGGAUGAGAUAAGCGAGGACGAGCGAUCAUCAAGUGCAGAAACCAUCGAAACCGAAUUGAUGCAGCAAUUCAGCCGAUUAGACUUGCAAAUAGUUGGGUGCUAUGACGUUCAGGCAAAAGAUGUACACCGAAAGUUGAAAGGCGAAGGUGCAAACCUGAUUCGAGAAAUGCCAGCGUCGUUUUCCACCAUCGAAGAAGCCGGCGAAUAUUUGGACUUGAUCAUGAGAAGAGCUUUUCACUUCAUGGCAUAUACGAAUUUAGUGCAUAAAGCCCAGUUCAAAUUUGGCUUGGAGGAUGGUACCUCCCACAAGAUGCUUUGUAUUGGCGACGAUGAACGGCAGCCUCGUUCAACACAAUUUGUUGUACAAAUCGAACACGAAAUUUACGUCUCGGAAAUUCGACGGUGGGACAAAGCCUUUGAACGAUUAUUUACUGAAGUUUUGUGGAAUCCAAAUCAUCCAAAUGCCAUCCGUGCGUUGAUGAUGAAAGUCCAUUCAAUAACGACAGCAUUGUCGUUGGCAGACCAUCUUUCUACAUCAGAGCUUCAUUGGGAUGACUUGUUACCGGAGUUUAGGAGUAUCGUGUACUUCUCCAAGAAGCUGCUGGAGCAUCCUGCGUAUGUGAAAGGUCAAUUUGCUUUCGACAUGGGACUGAUAUAUCCAUUGAUUAUGCCAACGUUAAAUUGUCGCGAUAGGAAGCUUCGACGAGAGGCGAUCGACUUGCUCUCAGAAACACCGUGGAGGGAAGCUCAUUGGGAUAGUGCUCACACAGCUGAUGUUGCUAAGUUUGUUAUGCAAGUUGAGGAGGAAGGGGUUGAAACCGAAUUCAUUCCGGAGUGGGCAAGAGUCAGCUCUUUCGAGGUUGACAUUCAAAUGAGUACUGGAAUGGUGUACUUGUCGUGUCUUCGAGGUGUUGGGGAGGCAGCUGUGACUGUUGAAGGAACCCUGGACUGGUCAGGUACAUAG